AUGGCUUUAUUUCAAACUGAUGGUUGGAAUUUGAAUGAUAAAGUAGUGAAGAUUGGUGGUGGUCAAUCAAAGAAGAAAGCAAACAAGAACAGAAAGAGAAGACAAGAGGAAGUUUCCAUUGAUGACAUAAAUAAGUUGGAUGAUAAAACAGAAGACUCUAAAGAUGAAAUAAGGUCUAAUAAAGAUAAUGAGGAUAAACCAGAAGAGAAACCUAAGAAGAAACAAAAAAUCAACAAAGAAAAGAAAUCAGAAGAACCAAAAAAUGAAGAACCAACUGAAGCUCCACCAGCAUUAGACUUACCUGUCAAGUCAAAAUUAACUCCAUUACAGCAAAAAAUGAUGGCUAAGUUAACAGGAUCAAGAUUUAGAUGGAUUAAUGAACAAUUAUAUACAAUUACAUCAAAUGAGGCAUUGAAAUUAAUAAAAGAUCAACCUUCAUUGUUUGAUGAGUAUCAUGAUGGGUUUAGAUCUCAAGUUCAAUCUUGGCCUGAAAAUCCAGUUGAUGUUUUCGUCAACCAAGUUAAAGAAAGAUCAAAAAGACCAGUCAAUGCACCAGGUGGGUUACCAGGUUUACAAAAGAAUAAAAAAAUUGUUAUUGCAGAUAUGGGAUGUGGUGAAGCACAAUUUAGUCAUGAUAUCUCUAAAUUUUUGACCCAAAGAAAUGGAGGUAAAAAAAGAGGUAAAAAACAAUACCCUCUCGAUAUUGAAGUUCAUAGUUUUGAUUUGAAGAAGGCUAAUGAAAGAAUCACAGUUGCUGAUAUUAGAAAUGUUCCGUUAGAAGAUAAUUCUUGUACAAUUGUGAUAUUCUGUUUAGCGUUAAUGGGUACCAAUUUCUUGGAUUUCAUUAAAGAAGCUUAUAGAAUCUUAGCACCAAGAGGUGAAUUAUGGAUUGCAGAAAUUAAAUCAAGAUUCUCAGAUAAAGAAGGUGAAGAAUUUACAAAAGCUUUAACAUUAAAUGGGUUCUUCCAUAAAAAGACAGAUAAUGAAAAUAAGAUGUUUACAAGAUUUGAAUUUUUCAAAGCACCAGCUGACAUUAUCGCUGAAAGAAAAGCCAAAUUAGAAAGAAAGCAAAGAUUUAUUGAACAUGAAGAUGAUAAAGAUCAACUAGAGAUUAAAAGAGGGAAAGUUCCAGAGGGUAAAUGGUUAUUGAAGCCUUGUAUCUAUAAAAGAAGAUGA